UUGGUAGUCCGUACCCAUCUCUCUAAACCCACUUUUAAAAAGAACGCGAACAGCUCUGUCAUCCCGAACUCUCAAUCCCCUCAUUUCUCCAAUUGAAAGUCCAUGCGGCUCUUCUCCGUCAAUCUCCUCAUCCUCCUCUCCCUCUCCAACUCUCGCCUAUUCGCUUCUUCUUCCCCCUCCAACAACCUCUCCUUCUCUUUCUCCUCCUUUGAUCGAUCCAACCACAAUAACUUCAACUUCUCCAACGAUGCUGGCGUGAGUCAAGGCGCCCUCCAGGUAACCCCCGACACCUUCAACGACCUCAGCUAUCUCCUGACCCGCUCUGGCCGCAUCCUACUCUCCCGUUCCUUCCGACUCUGGGAAUCUAAUCGCACCGCCUCCUUCAACACAUCGUUCUCCAUAAAUAUCUACCGUCCAAGCAACGCCACCCUUCCUGGCGAGGGCUUGGCCUUCCUCAUCGCCCCCGACGCCCAUGGACCCCCACCCGGCAGCUACGGCGGCUUUCUUGGCCUCACCAACUCCACCACUGACGGCCGAUCGUCGAAUCGGAUCGUCGCCGUCGAGUUCGAUACUGUGAAGCAGAGGUACGAUAUCGACGACAAUCAUGUGGGGCUCGACAUUAAUGGGGUGGAUUCGGAGAUUUCGGCGUCAUUAACACCGUUUGGGAUCCAGAUAGCGCCGGUUGGGGCGGUGAAUAAUACUGUGUGGAUUGAUUAUGAUGGAAUAGGAGGGGGGAUUAUGGUUUUUAUGACUAGACAGGGUAAUCCGAAGCCCGAGACUCCGGUGCUUGCGGGGAAGGUAAAUCUCAGUGAUUAUGUGAAUCAGUACUCCUAUUUUGGGUUUGCUGCUUCGACCGGAGCGGUGAAUUACGAACUUAACUGCGUGUUGGACUGGAAUCUGACGGUGGAGAACCUGGAGGAGGAGAAGAAUGACAAUAAAGGAGAAGGAACAGGAUGGAAGGUGUCGGCUGGUAUAGCUGCCGGAGUAUUUGUUCUCGCGGUGGCGGCUGGGAUCGUGACGGCAUUAUGGUACUCAAAGCGGCGCAGGCAGAGGAAAAAUAAGGCGACGGUGGAUCCCAGCAUGUUAGCCGGAGCGCUGAAGAGCUUGCCGGGGAUGCCGAGGGAGUUCGAGUACAAGGAGCUGAGGAAGGCCACUAACGAUUUCGAUGAAAGGAGGAAGCUGGGUCAGGGUGGGUUUGGCAUUGUGUACAAGGGGGUGAUCGCCGGCGAGGGGACGGAGGUUGCGGUGAAAAAAUUCUCAAGGGAGGAUAAUAUGAACAGCCAGGAUGACUUUCUCAAGGAGCUCACAGUUAUCAACCGACUCCGUCACAAGCAUCUUGUUCGCCUACUCGGUUGGUGCCACGAAAACGGCCUCCUCCUCCUCGUCUACGACUACAUGCCAAAGGGCAGCCUUGACCAGCACCUCUACGGCGGCGCCACCUCCGACCACUUUCUCCUUCCCUGGAACCGCCGCAUUCAGGUCGCCGCCGAUGUAGCUUCCGCUCUUCACUACCUUCACCACGAAUACGACGAGUGCGUCGUUCACCGCGACCUCAAAUCCUCCAACGUCAUGCUGGACUCCACCUUCCAUGCCCGCCUCGGCGACUUCGGCCUCGCUCGUGUUCUCGACACCGAUAAGACCUCUUACGCUGAGCUUGAUGCUGCCGGAGUACCCGGAACCCUCGGCUACAUUGCUCCUGAGUGCUUCCACACCGGCAAAGCCACCCGCGAGUCCGACCUCUUCGCCUUCGGAGCCCUUCUUCUAGAGCUCGUCUGCGGGCGCCGUCCACGCAGCACUGAUCUCCCCAGCUUCCACUUUCUCGUCGACUGGGUAUGGACUCUACAUCGAGAUGGAAGAAUUUUGGAAGCCGUGGAUGAGAAGCUGGAGGGGGAUUUUUUAGCCGAUGAGGCUCGCCGGAUGCUGCUGCUUGGUCUGGCAUGUAGCCAUCCCGUACCAGGAGAGAGGCCGAAAUCAGCGGCGAUUAUGCAGAUUUUGGCAGGAUUGAUGCCUUCGCCGGAAGUUCCGGCAUUUAGGCCGGCCUUUAUGUGGCCGGCGGCUGAGCCUGGAGAUGGAGGUGGCGGGUUGACGAGCAUGAGCUCGUUGAUGAUUUCGAGCUCGUUAUACGCCUCAUCGAGCAGCAAUUAUUAGGAACUGGCACGCUGACGUCUGAAAUUAUUGACUGAUCAAUGGCAGAUUAAGCAUUUUUUUAGGGGAAUUUACAUACAAUGCACCUAAUUUUUAUGCAUUUACUCAUC